UGUUCUGUGGUAGUCUUAAUAAUCAGUUGUUAUAUUGGGAUUAGAAGAUUCUAUGCAUCUGUUAACAUGGUUAAUUUAUUAUUUAUUUGUUUAGUUUAAUUAAUAACAGAAGUUUAACAAGUGCUGCUAUUUUAUGUGUAAUUCUUACUAUUAUUGUUAAAUGUCUAAUUAUUUGACUCGCUUGUCUAACCUAAUUUGAAACGAUGCCACAAAAAAGACAAUAAACAUUGGAGUAUAAAAAUAUAUAGAUAAUAAAUAUGUGCAACUACAAACACAUUAAUAUUUCAUGGAAAAGAUCAGAGGUGAUACAGUUUUGUUCAUUAAUUGUAGUGAUUUUAACAUUUAUAUAUGGAGUGUUUUAUUCAUUGCUUACAUUCAAUACAGAAGAUCAAGUACAAACUAUAUUCAUAUACAAUUCUAAGGCUGCAGAAUUUAAAACUAGCUCCAAUUUUUUAAGUAUAGCUCUAGAUGAUGCCGUAAUUGCAGAAAAUUUUAAACAUUUUGAUAUGACUAAUGAAAAAUUAAUCAAAAUGGUGAAACACUUAUCUCCGGCCUUUUUUCGUGUUGGUGGUAGUGGAGGAGACAAGAUGACAUUUUCUUUGAACAAUAAAACAAGUGAAAUGAUUGAAAAUGUACAUUCAGAAGAAGUAGUUGAUUGUGAGAACCCACCAAACAUUACCUUAAGUGCACAUAAUUGGUUGAAGCUAACAAACUUCUCAAAACAAACUUGUACUGAUUUAUUCUUCGGACUAAAUGCAUUGCAGAGAUUUCAGAAUGGUUCGUGGGACUAUAGAAAUGCUGAACUUAUGAUCCAAUUUUCAAAUGAGAAUAAGUUGAUAGUAAAUUGGGAAUUGGGCAAUGAACCAAAUUCGUUCAAACAUAAGUUCAAUCAAGAAGUAAAUGCCUCACAAUUGGCUGAAGAUUUCAAAACUCUCAGAUCGAUUUUGAAUAAGCAUGAGUACAAAGAAUCUUUAUUAGUGGGACCUGACGUUACAAGACCUCAAGAUAAUCACAAAGAAAGUGAAAUAUAUUUGGAAGAAUUUGUAAAAAAUAUCGGAAGUAGUAUAAAUAAAAUAACCUGGCACCAAUAUUAUUUGAACGGAAAAACAGCACAACCAAAAGAUUUUUUGGAUCCAGAUAUUUUUGAUUUAUUGAAAUAUCAGAUAAAUAAAGUUCGAGAAAUUACUAUAAAGAGUAACAGAUCUAUAUGGUUGGGAGAAACAUCAUCUGCCUAUGGAUCUGGAGCACCCAAUUUAUCAGAUACAUUUAUUGGAACCUUUAUAUGGCUAGAUAAAUUAGGUUUGGCCGCAAAAAUGGGUAUAGAAGUUGUGAUGAGACAAUCUAUUUUUAAAGGACACUAUGCUCUUCUAGAUGAAAAGUAUGAUCCUAAUCCUGAUUGGUGGAUUAGUUUGAUAUAUAAAAAGUUGGUUGGUGGUAAUGUUGUACCUUACUAUAGCAUUUCAAAUGAUAAAGUAAGACUGUAUGUGCAUUGCUUAAAAAAUGAAAAAAUAAAAUCUAUAGUUAUUUUUGGAAGUAAUGUGGAUAAAAUACCAGCAAAGGUUAGAAUAGAAGGAUUAUUGGUAAAUAAUAGUACUCCUUUGAAAUACAUUUAUGCUUUUCAAUUACAAUCAACAAAUUUAUUUUCAAAAGAAGUUUAUUUAAAUGGUAAAAUUUUGAGAAUGCUGCCUGGUUAUGAAUUACCAAAAAUUUUACCAAAAAGAGAAAGCAUCACCCCAUAUAUUAUAAUACCUCCUUAUUCACUUGUAUUUUGGGUCACACCAGAAAUAAAUAUAAAAGCAUGUUAAGUUGAGUUUUUAUAAUUACAAAUUCCAAUUUCAAAUAUUUUUAUAUAAUUAUAAAAAUAAAUCUUCAACUUUUUACUUUUUAGAUAUUUUCAAAUGUUUUUCUUAUACAUUGUUUUGAUUUUAGGUGUCUUUUGAUAGACAUUAGUUUUGAAAACACUAAUUUUCUUCAAAAGAGACUUAAAAUUAAAAUGAUUUAUUAAAAAAAAAUUGACAAUGUACAUAACAAGUUCUGAAAGUUAUAUUUUAUGAGUAUCCUGCGAGUCUUGUAAAUCACUUCUGGAGUGUCAAUAUUUUUUCUAUAUACUUAUUUUUUUUAAACCUCAUCUAUUAUAUAAUCUGUCCUUGAGAAGGACAAGGAUUUGGUAUGACUGUUUAACCUUUAACUACAUGUGCUUAAUAUUUUAACACAAGUACAUGCAUGGUUGAUUUUGUACACCACCAAAACAAUAAAUGAAAAUGAGUUAAAUAAGAACAAAUAUGUAUACUCUAAGUUUUAUUCAUCAAAACUUUUUAUAAAAACUAAUGAAAAAUCUUUGAAUAAAUAAUAAAAAAACUACAAAA